AUGACGGCUGCCGCGGCGCCGCAGGGCGACGGUGAUGCUCCCCCGUUUGCGCGGAUUCCGACGCCGUCGAUGGCGUCGGAGGAGUUUAGGGCGGAACUCCCCGCGUUCGACGGCGCGAAGGCGAUGCCGCCGCCGCGCGGCGUCUUCGAGCGCUUCGCCCGGGUGCUGCAGCUGCAGUUCGGGCAGGACCCCGACAUCCCCCUCCUCGGCGCCGCGCUGGAGCGGAAGUACGACGGCUGGCUCGACUACGCCACAAGCCCCGUCGCCCCGCUGCGCCCCCGCGGCUACGCGGACGCCUACACCCGGCCGAACCCCUGCCCGGAGGAGUACUGGUGGGCCUCCUGGCGCUGGCCGCGGACGAAGUACGUGAACGCGAAGGUGCCGCCGCCGGUGGACGGCAAGUACAACGACUACUACCACUACCUGGCCUACAAGAACUGGCUGGAGCGGGAGCGAGACGUCUACGUGGCGCACGCCAACCUGGUGAACGAGAUGACCAUGCGCUGCCUGGUGCGGGAGGGGCAGUACAACGCCGCCAAGAACUGCCGCCACCUGUACAACAAGGAGUUUGCCAUGUCCCGCAUGGAGGAGUUCAACCAGGCCCUGCUCUACAUGGCACUCACGGGAAACGCGGCGAUUCGGGAGACGCCCUACCCGGAGAACUUUGUCGAGGAGAAGCGUAAAAUUUACGACGACUGGCUCUUUCGCACACGCAUGCGGAAACCGGGCGACGUGCUCUAG